AUUCUACUUAAGAAGGAAGCUCUGAUUCUCCCCUGUUAUAUAAAUCAACAAGUGAGAGAAAAUCUCUCCUUUUCAGUGCUCGCACAGUACUCUUCCUUCUCCUUAGCAAGAUAAACUCCACAAAAGGGUCUCACAAUCAAAGGUGUAGGUGCCAGGAACUGAGAAUAGGAAGGGAACAGCUUGGAGAAAUGGGUGUGAGGGCCAUCCAGAGUCUCAUCUUCCUUCUGGGCCUCCUCUUCUGCUCUGGAACGCUUGUUAAAGAAUCAGUCGAUGGCCUAUCUUCAUCUCCAACAUCACUUCUUCAGACAGCUAAAAUAGACAAUGCAUCUCCAUCACAUAAAACUAUAGUUCCUAAGCUUGAACAGAAAUCCAAAAGAGUACUGCUAUUUGCCAAUACCAAGUUGGAAUCCUCAGAAACAAUGCCUCAAAUGGAUGUUGUAACUCCAACAACAACAGUUCCAGUUGUCAACCCUUUGACCCCGACCACAACAACUCCUACAUAUAAUCCAGUCCCAACAACACCAUCUAGUCCGACUACUCCAACGAUGACACCUAUUACAAACCCAUACACAACUCCAACAACAUCGUCUCCAUCAUCAUCAGGUCAAAGCUGGUGUAUUGCAAGCCAAACUGCUUCACAGACUGCAUUGCAGGUUGCUCUAGACUAUGCUUGUGGAUAUGGAGGGGCAGAUUGUUCACAAAUUCAACCAGGUGCAACCUGUUAUAAUCCUAAUACCGUUCGUGAUCAUGCAUCCUAUGCGUUCAAUGACUACUACCAGAAGAACCCAAUUCCAACUAGCUGUGAUUUUGGAGGGACUGCUAUGAUCACCAACACUGAUCCAAGUACUUCUACAUGUCACUAUGCAUCAACAAGCACGAGUUCAUCUGUCCUCAACACGACCAACCCAACUGGAUCAGAUGUGUUUGGAUCUGUGCCACCAUCUCCCAGUGGCACUACCUCCAUGUCAGCACGCUCGGCACUUUUCUUCACACUGGCAUGCCUCCUGAUGUCACCAAUCACUUUAAAUGUGUACAAGUAGACACUGGACCAGUGAGAACACACGUGAAGAUUAGUUUCAUGGCUAUUGUUUACUA